AGAUAUUUCAAUACUUGGCUCUCAGCUCGAACCACCGACAUCCAGGGCUGCUACCACCGGAAAAACAUGGCGGGAGUGCUCAAUUUCUCAUCAUCUCCACUAUUCCGGCCACUCUCUCGUCCUAGAGUUCCAAAUACCAGAGUGUCCAUUAAGGCGUCGUCAGAAUUCUCAGAGAAGCCUCUGCCUUCCACUUCGGUGAGUACCAAAGAAGAUCCAAAAUUGGGGUUUAAUCCUCCGUCCAAUUUCAAGCCGCCGGAGCCGAAGCCGUUUUCAAUCAGGCCCGAUAAAGUUUUUGACAUUUUGGGAGCUUCUCUUGCUUUGAUACUUCGGCUUGGGACGGGUGUUUUUGUUUCCGGGUAUUCUGCAUCUUUUGUAUCCGAAAGUGAGAUUCCACCUGACGAGUAUAUUCUAGAAAUUGCUGGUUUCAAGGUGAAAGAGACUUCAAAAGUGGGCCCUCGACCAGAGAAACCAAUUGAGAUAUAUGAAUUUGAAAGCUGUCCAUUUUGUCGGAAGGUUAGGGAAAUUGUAGCAGUGCUGGAUCUUGAUGUUCUGUUUUAUCCGUGCCCAAGAAAUGGUCCAAAUUUCCGUCCCAAGGUUGCUCAGAUGGGUGGAAAACAGCAGUUCCCUUACAUGGUGGAUCCAAACACAGGAGUUGCAAUGUAUGAAUCGGAUGACAUAAUUAAGUAUUUGGUUGGGAAAUAUGGUGAUGGAAAUGUCCCUUUUAUGUUGUCACUUGGUCUACUAACGACUUUGACAGCAGGUUUUGCCAUGAUUGGUCGCAUGGGGAAGGGGAGCUCUUAUACACUGUCAAAGCUACCACCCAAACCACUUGAACUAUGGGCAUAUGAGGCUUCUCCAUUCUGCAAAGUUGUACGAGAAGUGAUUGUUGAGCUAGAGUUACCACACAUACUACGCAGUUGUGCCCGUGGCAGCCCAAAACGUCAAGUACUGUAUCAGAAAGCUAGACAUUUUCAGGCACCUUAUUUAGAAGAUCCAAACACUGGAGUGAAAAUGUUUGAAAGUGCAGAAAUUGUGGAAUAUCUAAAAGCAACAUAUGCUCUUCAAUAAGCAAAAAUUUCAAGAAGUGUUCAAGGCCUUUAUGCUUUUGUAUAUUAUCUGCAUUCUGUUUUGUUUGUAGCAUCUGAACUUUGUUGUCAUAUCUAAAAUGCCUCUACAUGUGUACCCAUCGUAUCAUCUUGUAUUUCAAUUAUAAUGGAAUGGAGGUGCUCUAACUUGGUGCUGGGUCUGCCAGGGAAAUGGUUGCAUCUCAUGACACCGUAACAUUUUUAUUUUUUCAUUAAUGUCAAUGUAGGAGUUUUCGCUUUGA